GCUUUGAGGUGUGAUGCAGGCGGGCGGCUGAGGCGCUGCUGGGCUGGGCUCCGUCCAGGCGGGAGAGCUGCGAGAGAGGAAGAAGAGGAGGAGGAAGAGGAGGAGGAAGAUGCGCCUGCUGCUGCCGCGGCCGCUGCUCCUGCGGCGGAGAGGUGCGGCGGGGGGCGGCUGAGGCGGCGCGCGGGGACCUGCUCUGCCUGCCUGCCUCCCUCCUUCCCCUUCUUCUUCUUCUUCUUCUUCUCCCCGUCCUUGUCCUUCUCCUGCGGCGGGAUGGUCUCGCCUCUGCCGCCUGCCCAGCCCCGGGGCUCCCCGCUCGGCUUCACCUGUGGACCGCCGCCCUCCGCCGCCCGGCGCCCGCCCGGGCUCCGCUUGGACUGAGAAGGCAGAAGGGCCAGAGGAAGCAGGUGGAGGAAGAGGAGGAGGAGGAGGAGGGCGCGCCCGGCCCAGCCCCCUCGGAGCGACCCCCGGCGCCCGCCUCGCCCUGCUUGGCCCGGCGAGGGAGGGGCAGAGGGAGCCCCGAGGAGCCGGCCCCCCGCCCGCUCUCCCGCCCGUCCCCCGGCGCUGGACCCGGCCGCCGCCCGCCCCCGCCGCCCGCCCCUCUCCUUCCUCGGCCCAGGAGACUUGCUCGGGGGGCAGCCCAGGCCGGAGCGCGGAGGCGAGCGAGGCGAGGGCGGCGCGGGGAGGCUGCCCAGAGGCAUGUGGAUGCUGGCCGCCCUCUUGCUCCACGGCAUCCUGGAUGUUUUUGGUGAAGAUCUACAUGCCAGCUUAUAUUUUGUCAAUGCAUCUUUGCAAGAGGUAGUGUUUGCUAGCACCACAGGGACACUGGUGCCCUGCCCUGCCGCAGGGAUCCCUCCUGUGACGCUCAGAUGGUACCUAGCAACGGGCGAGGAGAUCUACGAUGUUCCAGGGAUCCGCCACGUCCACCCUAAUGGCACUCUCCAAAUUUUCCCUUUCCCUCCUUCAAGCUUUAAUAACUUAAUCCAUGAUAACACAUACUAUUGCACAGCUGAAAAUCCUUCAGGGAAAAUCAGAAGUCAGGAUGUUCACAUUAAGGCCGUUUUACGAGAACCAUAUACAGUCCGCGUGGAGGACCAGAAAGCCAUGAGAGGCAAUGUAGCGGUCUUCAAGUGCAUUAUCCCCUCCUCUGUGGAGGCAUACAUCACUGUUGUCUCAUGGGAGAAAGACACAGUUUCACUCGUCUCAGGAUCUAGAUUUCUCAUCACAUCCACGGGAGCCUUGUAUAUUACAGAUGUACAGAAUGAAGAUGGAUUGUAUAAUUACCGAUGUAUCACACGGCACAGAUACACAGGAGAAACACGACAGAGCAACAGUGCUAGACUUUUUGUAUCAGACCCAGCAAAUUCGGCUCCAUCUAUUCUGGAUGGUUUUGAACAUCGUAAAGCCAUGGCAGGACAGCGAGUGGAGCUGCCUUGCAAAGCAUCUGGACACCCAGCACCAAAGUACCGCUGGCUGAAGGACAAUGUUCCCUGGGAGCCUGACAGCAGGUUCCGGCCAACAGUGACGGGCCUACUGAUAGAAAACACACGCCCAUCAGACUCAGGCAACUAUGUAUGUGAAGUGUGGAACAAUUACGGUACCGCUGAAGUGAUCGGCCGCUUACAUGUAAAACAGCCUCUCAAAGCUACCAUCAGUCCACGGAAAGUUAAGAGCAGUGUUGGUAGUCAAGUGUCCUUGUCCUGUAGUGUGACUGGAACAGAGGACCCUGAACUUUUCUGGUAUCGAAAUGGUGAACUCAUCAACACUGGGAAUAAUGUGAGAAUCAUUGGGGUCACUCACGAAACCCUUAUUAUGGACGGCAUGGCCAAAAGCGAUGGUGGGGCAUACCAGUGUUUUGUACGCAAGGACAAGAUGUCUGCACAAGACUAUGUUCAGGUGGUGCUAGAAGAUGGAACUCCUAAAAUAAUUUCAGCCUUCAGUGAGAAAGUUGUAAGUCCAGGAGAGGGUGUUUCUUUGAUGUGCAAUGUGAAGGGAACUCCUCUUCCAACAAUCACAUGGACAUUGGAUGAAGAUCCCAUAAUCAAAGAUGGCAACCAUCGGAUCAGCCAGAUCAUCACUUCCGAAGGCAACGUGGUCAGUUACCUGAAUAUCUCCAGCACUCAGGUCCGAGAUGGAGGGGUCUAUCGCUGCACUGCCAACAAUUCUGCUGGAGUCGUCCUCUACCAGGCUCGAAUAAACGUAAGAGGUCCAGCCAGCAUUCGACCAAUGAAAAAUAUCACAGCAAUAGCAGGACGUGACACCUUCAUUCACUGCCGUGUCAUUGGUUAUCCAUACUACUCAAUCAAGUGGUACAAGAAUUCUAACCUGCUUCCUUUUAACCAUCGCCAAGUAGCUUUUGAAAACAAUGGGACAUUAAAGCUCUCAGAUGUGCAGAAAGAGGUGGAUGAGGGUGAAUACACGUGCAAUGUUCUGGUUCAGCCACAGCUUUCCACCAGCCAGAGUGUGCAUGUGACUGUAAAAGUGCCCCCUUUUAUCCAGCCUUUUGAAUUUCCGAGGUUCUCCAUUGGACAGAGAGUUUUCAUUCCAUGCGUUGUGGUCUCAGGGGACUUGCCAAUCACAAUCACCUGGCAGAAGGAUGGCAGGCCAAUCCCAGCCAGUCUUGGAGUGACCAUUGACAACAUUGAUUUCACCAGCUCCUUAAGGAUUUCUAAUCUUUCCCUCAUGCACAAUGGGAAUUAUACCUGUAUAGCUCGAAAUGAUGCAGCAGCAGUAGAGCACCAAAGCCAAUUAAUUGUGAGAGUUCCCCCCAGAUUUGUGGUUCAGCCAAGUGAUCAAGAUGGAAUUUAUGGGAAAGCUGUGAUCCUCAACUGCUCUGCAGAAGGCUAUCCUGUCCCGACAAUAGUCUGGAAGUACUCCAAAGGUGCUGGGGUCCCCCAGUUCCAGCCAAUUGCCUUGAAUGGCCGCAUCCAGCUUCUCACAAAUGGAUCCUUGUUGAUCAAGCACGUGCUGGAGGAAGAUAGUGGAUACUACCUCUGCAAGGUCAGCAAUGAUGUGGGGGCUGACGUCAGCAAGUCCAUGUACCUCACUGUUAAAAUUCCUGCGAUGAUAACCUCCUAUCCAAACACCACUUUGGCAACACAGGGUCAAAAGAAAGAGAUGAGUUGCACAGCUCAUGGAGAAAAACCCAUCAUAGUCCGCUGGGAGAAAGAAGACAGAAUAAUCAACCCCGAAAUGUCUCGUUACCUUGUUUCCACGAAAGAAGUGGGUGAUGAAGUUAUCUCGACUCUACAGAUUUUGCCAACUGUAAGAGAAGACUCUGGUUUCUUCUCCUGCCAUGCCAUAAAUUCAUAUGGAGAGGACCGUGGAAUAAUUCAGCUCACUGUGCAAGAACCUCCAGAUCCUCCAGAAAUAGAAAUCCGAGAGGUGAGAGCACGCAGCAUUGCCCUCAGGUGGACCAUGGGAUUUGAUGGAAACAGUCCAAUCACAGGCUAUGAUAUAGAAUGCAAGAACAAGUCUGACUCCUGGGAUUCAGUCCAAAGAACCAAAGAUGUUUCCCCACAACUGAACCAGGCUACUAUCAUUGAUCUCCAUGCUUCCUCCACUUACAACAUCCGCAUGUAUGCAAAAAAUCGUAUUGGCAAGAGUGAGGCCAGCAAUGAACUCACCAUUACCACAGAUGAAGCAGCUCCUGAUGGACCACCUCAAGAUGUUCAGCUUGAGCCCAUAUCUUCACAAAGCAUUCGGGUAACCUGGAAGGCUCCAAAGAAACAUUUGCAAAAUGGAAUUAUUCGUGGAUACCAGAUUGGUUAUCGAGAAUACAGUGCAGGGGGCAAUUUUCAGUUCAACAUCAUCAGCAUUGAUACCACCGGGGACAAUGAAGUUUACACUUUAGAUAACCUGAAAAAAUUUACGCAAUAUGGCAUGGUGGUGCAGGCAUGUAAUCGAGCAGGCAUAGGACCAUCAUCUCAGGAAAUUAUCACAACAACUCUUGAGGAUGUUCCCAGCUCCCCGCCUGAGAAUGUCCAAGCCAUCGCUACUUCACCUGAAACCAUUUCUAUCACCUGGUCUACACUUGCCAAAGAUGCUCUCAAUGGAAUUCUACAGGGAUUUAGAGUUAUAUACUGGGCAAAUCUUUUGGAUGGAGAACUGGGAGAAAUUAAGAAUGUUACCACUACACAACCCUUGUUAGAGCUUGAUGGUUUGGAAAAGUAUACCAACUAUAGCAUUCAGGUGCUGGCAUUCACACGAGCUGGAGAUGGGGUCAGGAGUGAGCAGAUUUUCACACGCACAAAAGAGGAUGUUCCAGGUCCUCCCGCCGGAGUUAAAGCAGCUGCGGCAUCAGCUUCCACUGUGUUUGUUUCCUGGCUCCCUCCCAUAAAACUGAAUGGCGUCAUCCGAAAGUACACUGUAUUCUGCUCUCAUCCAUACCCGACAGUAAUCAGCGAGUUUGAAGCUUCUCCUGACUCAUUUUCCUACAGAAUCCCCAAUUUGAGUCGCAAUCGACAGUACAGUGUCUGGGUAGUGGCUGUGACCGCUGCGGGAAGAGGCAACAGCAGUGAAAUUAUUACUGUGGAACCGUUAGCUAAAGCUCCAGCCAGAAUUCUGACAUUCAGUGGCACAGUGACAACCCCAUGGAUGAAGGACAUUAGCCUCCCAUGUAAAGCUGUUGGAGAUCCUGUACCUACAGUCAAAUGGAUGAAAGAAAGUAACGGGACACCCAGUCUAGUGAUGAUUGAUGGGCGAAGAAGCAUCUUUAGUAAUGGCAGCUUUGUCAUUCGUACUGUGAAAGCAGAAGAUUCGGGAUAUUACAGCUGUGUGGCCACAAACAACUGGGGAUCAGAUGAAAUCAUUCUGAAUUUGCAGGUUCAAGUUCCACCAGACCAGCCAAGACUUACUGUGUCCAAAACUACAUCUUCCUCAAUCACUCUUUCCUGGAUACCUGGAGACAAUGGAGGCAGCUCUAUUCGAGGUUAUAUACUUCAGUAUUCAGAGGACAACAGUGAACAAUGGGGCAGUUUUCCUAUUAGCCCUAGUGAACGUUCCUACCGUUUGGAGACACUGAAGUGUGGCACCUGGUACAAGUUCACACUGACUGCCCAGAAUGGGGUGGGACCAGGACGUAUCAGCGAGAUCAUAGAGGCCAAAACACUUGGGAAAGAACCACAGUUUUCAAAAGAACAAGAACUAUUUGCCAGUAUUAACACCACUCGAGUACGAUUGAACCUUAUUGGCUGGAAUGAUGGUGGAUGUCCGAUCACCUCAUUUACUCUAGAAUACAGGCCGUUUGGGACCACAGUAUGGACAACAGCUCAGCGAACAUCUCUUACUAAAUCAUAUAUCGUAUACGAUCUUCAGGAGGCAACUUGGUAUGAACUGCAGAUGAGGGUCUGUAAUAGUGCUGGGUGUGCCGAGAAGCAGGCCAAAUUCGCAACGCUCAACUAUGAUGGGAGUACAAUCCCUCCACUCAUUAAAUCAGUUGUCCAAAGUGAGGAAGGUCUGGCAACCAAUGAAGGGCUAAAGAUGCUGGUGACCAUUUCCUGUAUCUUGGUUGGGGUCUUGCUGCUUUUUGUGCUUCUGCUGGUUGUGAGAAGGAGGAGGAGGGAACAGAGACUAAAGAGACUCAGAGAUGCAAAAAGUUUGGCCGAAAUGCUUAUGAGCAAGAAUACAAAAUGUCAUUACUCUGGUCUAGAGCCUGGAAAGAUAUUUCAAAAAGGAAUUCUUGCCAUCAUUUCUUUCAAUUCUAGAAAGUAAUGAAUGAAAUAUUGUUACUUCAUAUGUUGAUUAGUACUUUUAAGCUUUAGUUUCUUUUUUGAACUAUGGAAACCAUUAAGAAAAUAGUCUAAAUGUAAAUUUCAAAUAAUUCCCAUCAAUUAUCACCCAAAACUUUUGCUGCAUAAAGUAAUAUGUGAAAGUAAGUAAGUAAUAAAUGUUACCCAGUUUGUGAGGAGGAGGGCAAAUCUACUGGUAAUAGUCAUUAUGUUAAGGACAAUCAUUUCAAAAAGACCAAUAUUUCCCCCCUCUUCCCCAUCACAUAUACCUUCCUCGUAAAAAGUUGAAUGCAAUGAUUUUGCUAUAAUAUGUUCCUUUCAAAUCUGAUUGGGACUUUAUUUCUUUUGGUCUUAAUUGCUAUUGGAUAUAUCUUUGGUAAAAUUAUCCCUUUUUGGUACAGAUUGCUCCAUCACCAUGUUUAACUGAUUUCAUUUUCUCCCUACAUCUAUUAAACUUCUGUCCAUUUUCCUCCUUGAGUAGUAGAGUCUUCUCAGAACUCUGGCCAUAGAUAGUACGCAGUGCAAGCGUGUUGCUACAGUUGUCUAAAGUAUGACCCAAUACCCAUAGGAUCAGUACCCUUAGUUUCACCUACCCCAUCCAACAAAACAUGUUCUCUCUAGGGAUUUUCUAAGUCCUCCAAGCAAUCCUAUGGUAUGCUUCAGCUGGAAGUUACCAUUGAGUUGUGUUGGAGAACCUAGCAAAUUCCUAGAGAGGAUACAUCUCCAGGAAUUUUCUAGGUCUUCUGAGGUGACUUAUGAUAAGUUCCACAAAAACUCAUUCCUUUCCAUUAGGAUUCACUAUUAUCCAUGAUUUCCUGUUUCCAUGGUAAGUACAAGACGUAUCCUUCAUGGAUACCGAGGUGGUACAGUACAUAUUUUCUUCUCACAGUGCUGUGCUCAACAAGUAUCUUGAUCUUUUGGAGAGAUUCUGUCCUACCCAAAAAAUUCAUAUCAGGAAUGGUCUCACAAUGAUAAAUAUUUUGAGUUUGAUAAACUUGGGUAUAAGAAUUAAGGGAUUUAAUCAUACAUCUCAUGAAAGUAUUGGGUUUGAGGAAGAAAGAAUUUGAAGUGGGGGAGAGAGAAAAAGGUUUCUCCCUUAAGGAGAAAUUUCUGAUACUAGGGACAGAAGAAUGUAUGGAAGCCCAAUUAAAAGGCAAGAGACCUUCAGGCAAUCUGAUGACAGUGCUGGAAAAGUAACGGACUGGAGAACAGCAAAUGAAACAGAAAACAAUGACAGGAAAUGGAAAUCUGAAUUACUGAUCCAUUCUAUGAGAAAUAUAUGUUGAGAAUUAUGGUCAUAACAUGACUGCUUGACCAAUUGUAUAAGAAAAAUGUUUGCAACAUUGUCAAAACAUCUCUUCCCCUUUCAUAUGUAGAUCUCAGCUUGUAUUUAUAUUUAUACUGUAUAUCUGGUAUGUUUUUGCUAUAAUUUUAUGAUCCUAUGUUAAAGUUAUAUUCAUUCUUAGUUUGAUAGCUAAUUCCAAGGGUAAUUUUCCACUACACAAAUUUUAAAAUGAGAAUAUAAUAGCUUUGGUGAUAAUGCACUAAUUGUUUCUUAUUUCAAAAUGCUGUAUCAGUCACUUGGAGUUAACAUGGGAAUGAUGAUUGGAUUGUACCUGUGUGUGUGUGUGUGUGUGUGUGUGUGUGUGUGUGUUUAACUGAACUGACUGCACAACAAUCAUCAGGAGGUGAAGAGAGUAUUCAAACUUGUCUCAAUCCAAUAUAAAAGUUUAAAUAAAUAAGCCCUCUUAAAUGCCAUGUUCAGUUCUGAUUUACAUUUACCCAUGCAAUUUUAAAUGAGAUUGCGUAGGAGCACAUUGGUACAGUCUCAUCUCAAUAAUACUUAGCAGGUUGCUAGACUUGAAAAUAAUUAAGGUUAUUAAUCUAAUAGUCCUAGAUUUUGCCCUUUUGGGGAAAAUGAAGCUGCUUUGGCCCACACCUGAAAUCUUUACUCCUAAUGUGCCUUCUGCUUCAUUAUAAGUGCUUGUAGCUUACUAUAGGCACCAGCAAAAAUGACCAAUGGUCAUCUCCACCUCAGACAACCAUAGAACUAAAUUCCAUUUUAAUUGCCACAGUAACUUCCCAGAAUUUGCAGUUUAGAAAGCCUUUUAAAUUCUCAGGUAAAUAACUCUGAUGCCUCAGCACUCUAUAAACUCUAGCAUUCUGUUGCCACAAUGGUUAAUUUGGAAUCAUAACACUAGAGACGUGCCAUGUGCCCCUAAAUCUGUCCUCAGGCUAGAGUACAUAUCCUCCUGUAGUCCUAAAUUUUCCUAUUUUAAUAGUAUCUGUGUCAACCCAUUCAGUAGCUAAGGGACAUGACGUCUAUCAUAAGAAGGAAACAAUUAACAACAAAUUAUGUUGUAUGGUAAAUAGAAAUCAUACCCCAUAGUGAGCAGAUGAGUUGAUACUAUUACUGUUCAAAUGGGAAAAUUCAGGACAAUGUGGAGAAAAUCCAUAUUAUAGCAUCAGAAUAAUUGGCCUUUUUCAAUUAACACACAUAUAUAGCACCUGAUACCACCUGAACUGCUAUGGCUGUGUCUUAUGGAAUCCUGGGAUUUGUAGUUUGUGAAACACUGGAGUCUGUAGCUGAGAAAUACCCCUCCCUAAACUUCAAAUCCCAAGAGUCCAUGAGAUGGAACCAUGAUAACUUAAGUGCAUGGCAAUUCUGUGCCAAAGUCUACUAUUCUUAAUCCACAACCAUCUAUAGCAAGAUGAAUCUGGAAUUAGGGCUGCUCUAUCCUUCAGUGUCAAGGUCAUGUAAGAAUACAAAACUAUAAUAUCUACUUCCCUCUAGCUGGAUGAAGAAGCUCAUUAGUUCUAUAAAUGGAAGAUGGGAAGAAAGAGCAGUUUUAUAAACUGCUUACAUAAGAUUGUAUUCUUCAAAAAGUCAGAGGAAGCUUUAUAGUCACUGCUCAUCUAUUUUUCUAACCUAUUGCCUGCUGCUUUAAAUUAAUACUGAUUAUAUACUUGAAAGAACUCAUGAAAAGAAUUUAUAUGAGCAUCUCCACUGAAAGUGCUAAGAGAUCAAAGUAAUCUUGAAUCCUUUUAAAAUAAUGUGACAUUUAGGUAAUUUCUUGGGUUUAAUACACA